AUGGUGUUUUGGGGAUUGGUUUUAGCUCGUGGUUCGAGUAAAUCCAUUCCUCACAAGAAUAGCAAACUGUUUGCCAAUAAACCAUUGAUUGCAUGGGUUUUAGAGCCCAUGAAAUUAUCUGAUGUUUUUGAUGAGAUUUGGGUGUCGACUGACGACGAUAUGAUCGCAUCGAUUGCUCUGUCCUUUGGGGUGAAUGUUCACCGAAGAAGCGAUAAAAGUGCCACCGAUUCGGCCACGUCUUUGACAGCUGUCCAGGAAUUCUUGAAUACAGUUAAAGGU